GAGGGAGAAGACAAAACGCCAAACAGCCCAAACUGCGAAGCACGGAAGGGUACAAAAAAACUAACUUUUGUUCGCGUAAAAGCUGCCAUUUUUCGUGUGUAGUGUUGAAUGAAGCUGGAUUCUGUCCUGUUUCAGCUCACAUAAUUCAUGCGUGUAUUGAUCAUUGGUAAAAUUAAUGUGCAAAGUUAUAAAAACGCAACCAAGCGUACCGGUUUACUACGUUGAAAUGGGAUAUUCUUGCAUUUACUCGCUGCAAGCCUAUCAACCAAACUAGAAGUGGCGAAAAGUCCUUGAGAAAAAUUUGUUCCUGCCGGCAUUCCCUCUUCGUUCCAGGCAGGGAAGUGUUCGCGAAGCAAAGGUGAAAAACGAGAAGAUUGUUUUUGUGUGUUGAUUUCGUUUGUGUCGUCAUACGGGAAUGUCUUCUAAGCUGCUGAACUAUCCAUCGGCAAGUACAAAUCCCCAUCUGGCGACCGGAUCUGCGGCCGGAGCCGCCGCCAGUGCCAGAGGUGUUGGCCACGGUUCAUCACAGCUAAACUUCGAAAAUCUGCAGCUUGAUGACAUUCUGUGCACCGUGUGUCAAUCUGUGCUAGUGGAACCGGUUUUCCUACCGUGUCAGCAUCGCUUCUGUCGCAACUGUCUGAGCGGUACGAUCGAGAAGAACAACCUGAACUGCCCCUGCUGUCGGAAGCGAUUCGGUACGUGGUAUCGCAACGCAUCCCGGGUCAACAAGCUGGUCCACGAGCAGCUGUGGAGUGCGAUACAGAACCAGUUUAGGGACUAUUUGGAGGAGGACGGGACCCGCUGCAAUGGGAACGGAAGUGCUGCAAGCUGCUUCGUACCACAAGCCGGAACUGUCAUCCACUUGAGUGAACCAGGCGAAAUUCGCAAAGAGUAUGAAAGCGAACUUCAACGGUAUCGCAAAGAGUUGAUCGAGGAGAAGAAGAAGGAACUGGCCGCCUCUGAGAAGUACAUCAUAAAUCUGUACAAGCAGGAGGGUAUUAUCGAUCUCGUGGACAGCAGCGACCAUUUGUCCAUUUCAUCUUCCACGAGUACGCCCGAGUUGGAAAAGAAACCGGAAGCCUCGCAGCAGCAGAAUAAUGAUGAAGCGCACGAGAUCGAUGAAGAUGACGAAGAGGCCGGACCAUCGGGCUCCUCUACCUUCCAACCACCGACUACCAUCAAGAAAAGUUCCACCGCUAACAAUCAAAAGGGCAAUCAGCAGCAUAAGCCGCCGUCAUCGACUGUGGUUAGUAGCAGUAGCAAUGUUAACGCUAGUCGUCCGGAUACUUCCAAGUCAGUGUCCAAUGGAAGCAUUAUUUCCAUUUCGUCUACGUCGUCUGCCUCGGCGGCAUCUUCCUCGUGUAUCUCGUCCGCUUCGAGUCGUUACAGUUUGAUCAAAUCAGUCGCACAGCAAAAUGGUCGCGGUAGCGAUGUGACCAAACAGAAACCCCAAACAAAUUCUCUCUCGAACAAGAUUGCGUCCGGUGGAGGAAAGAAAAGUUUCACAAUGGCUGAUCUGAACAAGAGUGAACUGUGUGUCAAACCAACCAAACUACAUCGAAGAACCUCUAGUCAAGCUGGGGAAGACGAAGAUGACGGGGAUGAUGGAGAUAGCUUGCGAUCGGAGCUGAACCAUUUCAAACCGAUCCUCGCAACUACUCCUAAAAGUUGCUUUUCACCUAAAGCAAUUGUACGUGUUCCUUCCAUGCGACCGGAGGCUACCGGUCUAACGCCAAUGGCUUCAAUCGUUGUAAGUCCUGGUCCAAGUAAGACCCCAUUCAAACCAAUCGACCCAUCGUCUCCACGUCGUUCGGCUUUCUCCGUAGUCAACAUCAAUCUCUUGAUAUCCUCGACUGAUAAGCUGACAACAGGUGAUAGAUUGCCAAAACAAUCUGAAACCGGAUCAACACCUUUGAAGUCGAGGAAAACCAAAACAAGCCAACGAAAAUCAAUUAAGAAACCACUUACGGGGACGAUUCGGGGCAAGCGAAAGCUCAAAUUUUCACCCCAACCCAAUGCGAAGGCGAAAAAGAGUCCGAAGAAGGAGGCGAAUCCGGAAGCGAUACCUGACAAAGCUACUAGAUCGACUAAAACUACACGGCUAAGUUCCAGAAAAGGAUCGAGCCGACUGAAGAAGCUGAUCGUUAGCGAUCAGCAACGGAGGCAAGCGAUGAUCGAACAGGAACGUAGAGAUUUCGAAUUCGCACAAAGACUUCAGAAGAAACUGAAUCGCACAAGGGGUGCUAUUUCCUUGAACGUACAAUCUGUCCCGAAAGAAGUCCCCCCGCCUAGAAGUCAAGCUAAUCCGUACUCACUUCGACGGAAGACUGUGGCACUCGUCCAGGCUAGCAACAGCAUUAAGGUUGAACCCCAACAGUCCAGCUGUAGGAUGCCUUCCGAGAAACCCUCACGAAAGCGAAGAACGACGUCGUUGCCCGAACCGGAAACGCCACUCACGCCGGUGCCAUCCACCUCAACGGCGAAAGAGAACUCCACUAAUAAGGGACAGCCACGGGCUAAAAAAGCCAAACUGCAAUCAACGACCGCACCGUUGAAAGAACCCAGGGUUCUCCGGCGAUCUACACGGAACAGACAUUAGAAUAAUACCGUACUGUUUCAGUUUUUAUUUUGUAAUCCCCCGGCUUUUGAAGCGACCAGCGGAGCCAACAAACAAACGCUUGAGCGUUGAUGUAAAUGUGAUCUUAGGACCAAACACACUGUUGUUCGAAUGUGGAUGAGGCGUACGUGGGACGUUAGUGUGUGCGUAAGUAAACCCUAGGAUCGUAUGUGUGCAUGUGUGUUUGGUAUAUUUAUCUAUUACUUACAACAAUACGAAUAUUUUUUUUACUCUCCCUUCAAUUGAAACGCAAAUGGUAAUCUUGAAUUUAGCAGUUCUCAUUGUUUUGUUACGAACAGAAACGAAUGUUAAUUUUACGUUUGUAAUUGGAAAGUGUGUUUUUCGGUCAAACGUUUCGAUGUAGGUUUUUUUUGGAACAGAUUACCACAAAAGUGAUUCGAACUAGAAUCUGUGAAUCUUUUUCAGUGGGCAUGGGCAAGAACGAAAGCUAGAUGGAAGAAAGGAAAUCUUUAUAUAAAAUAUAUACCCAGGUUGUAACUCGGCGAAUGCUUUUAAGGACAGCGAAACGAGAUAGGAAAUAACAGAACACUGUUCAGCCCCCAGAAGUCUGCCUAGAUUAGUAUUCUACCAAGAACACGGGGUUGCGUAACCAGACGAGAGAACGGAAGUAAAAUGCGAACUUGUAAGCAUUCCUACCAUUCAUUGUUAACGUAAAAUUUUGAGACAGAUUAAAACGAAUAAAAAGAAAAAAUACUGUAAUGUACCGUACCCUAAGGAGAGCAGUAAUAAAAAGGUUUGCCGGAACGAAGCAGUCAAAUGUUAUCUAGGAAACAGGCUAGUGCAUUUACUAUGAAAAAAUUGGAGCGAAAAUGGAGAACGUUUUAUCGUGUUUAGUUUAGGAGUUCAAGCAAAUUGGUGAUCCUAAUUUACCCCUCUCUGAAAAUCGAAUCAAGUGUGUACCGUGUACACGCAAAACAAGUCAUUUCCACUCUCAUGAAGCUAAUUUUUUUCCGAUAAUCUUCACAGAGUGCACUUUUGGAUGCUAUAUUCUUCUUCUGCCAAGGAGUUCUCCGAGAAGUUUCAGCGAUAGGAUUAAGAGGCGAAUGAAUGGCAAAGUUUAAAACCUGUUUAAUACAAAAAGUAAGAAUGGAAUUAGUUUGUAAUCUUUAGAGAUACAUGUCGGAGUGGAGUAGAAGUGGUAGCAGGGGGACCAUAUCUACAGAAUAAUCUGCAUUUAUACAGAUUUUUCAGACUUUUUGAAACGAAGAAUCUGUAGAUACAGAUUACAGAUUUUCUUGGUUUUUAUACAGAUUUACAGUUUUUUCAAAAUAAUGAUUCAAUAUUAGUUAUGGCUUUAUAUCAAUAAUAUUUUUCCCAACUCACCGAUGAAAAUGUCCAAUGUACUCCAUUAUUCCCUUUUCCAUCGUUGGACCGGCUCCGGAAGGUCUUUCGCCUGGUUGGGUCAUCGUAUGAGAAAUUCUUUUAGUAGCAAACUUUUAAUCGUUGGAUUUCAAUAAAACCUUCUUAAUGGCCGUUUCGACUAGACUGUUCUUUCAACAGCCAAAAAAAAACCAUUUCAUUGAGUUUGAUCACAACAAUACUCUGAGAUGGCCCUUUGGUUUGCAAAUACUCUGCGCUAGAUCUACUUCAUGUAGUACAACGCAUCAGAAGUACAGAUAACACAGAAGUAUUAAAUCAUAAAAUUCUGGUGUAGGAGGGACCGUGCACUUGAUCCAAUAUUUGAGUCACACAAUACUCCAGUGGCUACGAUCAGCCCAUAAAUUGGUUUCACAGCAUCAUAAUGAGCACUCCAUCGAGUUUGCGACAAUCUUUUAACAACACACCUGUGUGACUCAGAAACAUUUCUCAGCGAUCAGUUGAAACUGCUAAAAACGAUUUAGAUGUAGAUUUUUAGCAAAAUCAUGUUGUCUUCAUAAGCCCAAAAAGUUGUCUACAAACCCUAUGGAUACGUGUUUUUUGUUUUGCUUUCUCAACAAAACCUGAACUCCUUCAUUUGAUCCUGGACGUGGCGGCCAAUAUCCUGUGAACGGGACUUCAUGAAAACUAAUCCCUGAGCUUCCAGUGGUUGAAAGAUGCCGUCAUUCAAAUCUGCAGCUUUUCCCACCCAAAACGAAAAAACUUGGAGUGGGUUAUAUAUGUGAUAUAACCGCAAGGUUAACGUAGGACUACCAUUGGCUUAGUAAUCAUUUGUUUGAAGUUGCAUCUAAUUCAAUUCUUAAUAAAUUGAUGAAUGGAUAUUUUGUUUUUCCUUGGAAUUGUCUUGCGGUCAAUUCAAAUAUAUAUAGGGUUGGGGAAAAAGAAAUGUCGUAUUUCUGAUCGAAAUUUGACGCUUUAUUUAACAUACUUAAAAUUAUCCAAUUUAAGUCAAAUAAGCGCCGUUUUGUUCGCAAACUUCUUGCCAUUUAGAAGGCAACUUCAUUAUCGCCCCCUUAUAAAAUCCUCCCUCCUGAUUUGCAAAAGAAAACUCAGACAGCCAGUUUUCGCAAGCCUCUUUUGGGGUCAACUUAGUAUCACCAAGAGCGUUUUGCAUGGACCGGAAGAGAUGAUAAUCAUUUGAAGCCAGGUCCGGACUAUACUGUGGGUGCAAUAGGACAUCCCAUCCGAGCUCCCGUAGCUUCUGGCGGAUCAUCAAAGAUGUGUGAGGCCGAGCGUUGUCCUGGUGGAAAACAACACCAUUCCUAUUGAUCAUUUCUGGCCGCUUCUGGUCAAUCGCCUGCUUCAAACGGUCAAGCUGCUCACAGUAGAGAACCGAGUUGAGGGUCUAUUUGAGCAGCUCAUAGUGGAUGAUUCCCUUCCAAUCCCACCAAACACACAGCAAAACCUUCCUGCCGUCAAACCGGAUUGGCGAUGGUUUGGGCCGGCUCACCGCGCUUCGACCACGACUUUUUUCGCUUUAGGUUGUUGUACGUGAUCCACUUUUCAUCACCAGUCACCAUCUUCUUCAAAAAUGGGUCGAGUUCGUUCCGUUUCAGCAGUGCAUCGCAGGCGUUGAUUCGGCCUGAAAGGUUUUUUUGCGUCAACUCGUGUGGUACCCAUACAUCCAGCUUUUUUUGGAAUCCAAUCUUCUGCAAAUGGUUCCAAACGGUUUUAUGGUCUAUACCCAGUUCCUGGCCAAUCGAGCGAGUGCUCACAUGCCGGUCUACUUGGUUUAUUUCAACGAUUUUAUCGGUUUCCACGACGAUUAGCCUACCAGUACGGGGUGUAUCUUCGACAGCUACUACACCAGAAAGAAAUCGAUCAAACCAACGCUGUGCUGUGCGAAUCGUUACAGUAUCGGGUCCAUAAACUACACGAAUUUUUUCGUGUAGUUUAUGUAGUUUAUGUAGGUUAUGUAGAAGUCGUUUUCGUCGCAGUUUUACCUCGCAGAUAGUAAAAACGUAAAAUAUGGCGAAUUUCUUGCUUGGUGGACUCAAUCUUUGGCGCGCUAUAACUUGAGACUGAAAAGGACAAUCACAACACUGUCAAAACGACACUUGUAGCACAGAUUGUCGUCUUUAAAUAGCCGUAUAGUAUGACCCGAUGCGAUAAGUACAACACAAGAUAUGUUUAAGUGUUGCCAUAUAUUGACAAUAUACGACAUUUCUUUUUCCCCAACCCAAUACAACAUAAUGUUCUUUCGCUUGUGAUCUCUACUUGACGUUCGACACUCAAAUCCUCAAGACAACUUUAUUUAAUUCUCCGUACAUCCGAAAUAUCUUUUCCGUAAUAUAACUGCCCAAAUGUGUGCGAAAUUAUAUUUUACCCCUUAAGUGCAUCCACAAGCAAACGAUUGUGCGUGUCCGUUCUUCACGGCAGCAAAAGAGAAACGAACAGAGGUUGGCCAGCCGAAGCAUCAUGCAUCAAGCAUCAACCGCAGAACAAUCGAGAAUGAAAUGAAAUUUCAAGAAUCUAUCGCUAUUUCUAAUGAUUUCAAUAGAUUGCUUUCGAAGCAGAUUUGAGCUAUUGAAACAAGUUUUUACGGCUAAUAAGUAAAAACAUCUCUCGUAGAUUUCUUAUCUUUCGAAUAAUGUUAAUAUAAAACUUCGUUCUCCGGUAAAGAGAUCUCAACACUCAAAAUCUUGUACUUCGAACGUAACCCUCUCGUUUCAGAGACUUAGAAUUUACACUCCAGGACAGAACUGAAAAUGUAGUAUGACGAAAUAAUGAACAUAGAAAAACCAAGAAAGAUUCUAUUACAUGGACUGCUCCAUAGUAACUUGUACUGUUAAAUAAUACCAUAAGUAAUAACCGGUUACCUUCAUUCAAAAUCAUGUUUUUUUUUUAAUAUAAUAUAUUUGUCAUGGUCAUGCCACCCCAUGCCGCUCGCGCCCAUGCUAUGGACCACCUCCUCCGCUCCCCCUACAUUACACCACUGCCGAACGCUAUGUUUGAUACAUAAGCAACAAGUGAAAUAUAUGCGAUUUUCAAUAAAAUAGGCUGGAAGUAAAAUGAAAAAAAAUUCUGCAAAGGAAAUUUUCUUGUUGUUCAGGAAACCGGUAUACAUCUCGCCAGCUACAAACCCAAUUUUGGAUACAACGCAGAAUUCUGCAUGGAACAGAAUUAUGAACUGGGACCUUAAUAUCCCCUUGACAAUGGAUCACACGGAUCACAUGAUUGAACCCUAGAUUGAAGGCAAACUAAGCCCACUUUACUUGCAGUAGUCCGGAGACGUCAAACAAGAAAAAAAGCGCAAUUGUUUACGAAUGGAUUAGCUAUUUGGAUGAAGACGGCAUCUUUCGGUUUCGAACGGCGCACAAAUAGUUAGGGGUCUCGUUUUUCCACGUCAUAUUUUUUUUUUAAAUUUCAAGAAAGCUCUCCGACUGAUUUAGCUUCUUCAGGCAUUAGUUAUUUUCAAAGUCGAGCUGCAUUCAUUGAAUCCAUAAAUAACAUUUAGCGAAAGAUCGACAUGCUGUAACCAAACGACGAUAAAACGUUCUCUCGUUUCGUAACACUCUAACCGAGAGAAAAAAAAUCUUAAAACCUGAAUCUUUGCAUAGCAAAAAUCCCUUCUAGAUCCAGUGAGUACACAAAUCUUUAAAGUAUUAGACAUAACAGUAGACAAUUCAGCUAGGUGUUACCCUAACCACAAAAAAAAACUGAUGUUUGGACUAUCACCAUUUCAUGGAUAAAUCAAUUUCCCCAGCCAACCAAUACAAUCCAUUACACACACUCAUAGCAAAAUGUUAAUCGGCGCUGAUUGUUAUUUUUUCUAAUUCCUCUAUGUAAAUAUCAUUACACAGGCGCGUAUCAUGUUUUUAAUACAUAAAUCCGAUGGCUUUUCACAUGAAAAGCAGACACGAUUUGCAUUUAAAUGGAACAAUGCGAACAAUAGUCACUGUAAAUAGUGAGAACGGAUUGUGAAGAGGAAAAAAAUCGAAAAAAAUAGUGAUACAAAUCUCGAUUUGUGAUUUUAUUUCAUCAAAAAUUCAGUCAAGGGAGAGGCAAUCGUUCAUGCUAUAAGUAGGGGCAAAAGAGAUCGUAAUAACCUCCAACUAUUACAAGGAAGAUAAACAAUUUGAAAAGUCGUACACAACCAACACAACACGCAGUCACUCAAAAUAAUGAUGUGCAUAUUUGACUCAUUGUUUUUUUUUGUGCUACAAAUUAUCAAGCGUCUACAAAUUGAAGAUACUGCUAGUUUUAAUUAUUACUGAAAUUGGAUGAAAAAAAAAAUUAUAUAAAUCGCCAGAAAUAAACAUGAUGGUUACCAUCAUCAUCAAUCGAUA